CGCUGACGUCGAACACACGCGACCGAGGCUUGUUGGUUUUUUCAAAGGGCUCGUGAGCGUGUUUGUUGUUAAAAUAAGCUGUUUAUUUCUUCUCCAAAUGGACAUCAGACUGAAGGAGAUCCGCGAGAGGCAGAAGCUAAGACGGCAGCUUCUCGCACAACAGCUUGGAGCAGAAAGUGCAGACACCAUCGGCGCUGUUCUCAACAGCAAACAGGAGCAAAAAGAGAUUGAGGAGACCAGAGAGACAUGCAGGUCGUCGUUCGACACGUCAGUGUCCGGCUGCAAAAGGAAAAGCCAGAACGAGGGCGAGGACGCCGAUGAGGACGUGGAGGAGCAGACGGAGGACACAGAGCCUCAGCAGCAGGAGGAGAGCGGCCCAUAUGAAGAGGUGUACAAGGACUCCAGUACGUUCCUAAAGGGAACACAGAGUCUGAACCCUCAUAAUGACUACUGCCAGCAUUUUGUGGACACGGGACAUCGGCCACAGAACUUCAUCAGGGACGUAGGAUUGGCCGACCGAUUUGAGGAGUACCCCAAACUCCGAGAGCUCAUCCGGCUGAAAGACGAGCUCAUCUCCGCUACAAACACUCCACCGAUGUAUCUGCAGGCCGACCUGGAGAACUUAGAUCUGCGGGAACUGAAGGGUAAAUUUGACGUGAUCCUGGUGGAGCCUCCAUUAGAGGAGUAUUACAGAGAGUCCGGCAUUAUUGCCAGCGAGCGUUUCUGGACCUGGGAUGAUAUCAUGAAGCUGCAGAUUGACGAGAUCUCAGCACUGCGUUCUUUUGUCUUUCUCUGGUGUGGCUCGGGGGAGGGACUCGAUCUUGGCAGGAUGUGUUUGAGGAAAUGGGGGUUCAGGAGAUCUGAGGAUAUCUGCUGGAUCAAGACCAACAAGAACAACCCUGGAAAGACCAAAACGCUUGACCCCAAAGCAGUGUUUCAGAGGACCAAGGAGCACUGCCUGAUGGGUAUUAAGGGCACGGUGCGGCGUAGCACAGACGGCGACUUCAUCCACGCCAACGUGGACAUCGAUCUGAUCAUCACAGAGGAGCCUGAGAUGGGCAACAUCGAGAAGCCUGUGGAGAUUUUCCACAUCAUCGAGCACUUCUGCCUCGGACUCAGACGCCUUCAUCUGUUCGGCCGAGACAGUACCAUCAGGCCAGGAUGGUUAACCGUUGGACCAACGCUGACCAACAGCAACUUCAACGCCGAAACCUACUCCACCUACUUCAACAAUUCCCACCUCUCUGGCUGUACAGAGGACAUUGAAAGGCUCCGCCCCAAAUCUCCGCCUCCCAAGCCCGAGGGGUGCCGGGGGGCCCCACGAGGGGGGCGAGGUGGAGCGGCAGGGGGACGAGGUGAACGUGGGCGUGACAGGAACCGACCCAACUUUCGCGGAGACCGUGGCGGUUUUCGGGGGCGUGGCACGCCUCACCGCGGGUUUCCUCCCCGAUAAACUUUUCUUUUGCUUUUUUUGUUCUAUAGAAAUGGUGACCUAGAACUGAUCUAUUUUUUAAAAAAGACCAGCAUGAUGUUUGGCUGCGUCAAUUUUCCGAUUUUGUUCUUUUUAAAUUUUUGGACCCAGAUCAUACAGUAAGUAUGGCAUACAGCUUAUUUUAUAUGUUCACGUUUGGUUUUAAUUGGCAAUAUAAGGACCGCGUUCAAAUGUGCACUGAUGCUGUUAGAUUUCUUCUGUUUGAACGUCAGGUGUUAGAUUUUUACCGUUUUUUUUUUUUUUUAUAUAUAUAAUUCGUUUUUUUUUUUUUUUUUAUUCGUUGGUUGUCCUUCUUUUCAUCUCUAAAACUUAUCAUCUGCAUCGCAGACUCUCAGUGUUUCAUAAACCUCGUUGUUUUUGAUGUGUUUAUGUUAAACUGUGAUGCGAAGAAAAUUGGCUUCAUACCCUGAAAAUUUGCUUUCUCUUCUAUCCAUUUUCACAAGAAAUAAAACCGACUUUUUAAAA